GUUUUCUUCCUGGAAACGGUGUUUAAAGCAGUGCAGAAUCGGUGACCUUCCACAUCUAUGAGGCUUACCACUUAAAGCAUUUGCACCCAUUCCUACUGUUUUGUAUUGAAAUAAGCUGUCCAAAUUAAGGUAAUUUCAGCGUUAUUGCUCUUCAUAACAGCACGUAAUGGAUUUUUUGUGUCCGGGUGGAAAGUGGUUCGAAGUGAUUUCCUCCAGUUAAGAUCGUUGAUAAACUUAUUUGGACGGAAAUUAAGAAGAAGAUAAGACUGAAAUUCUUCGUUUGCCGAUCAUUGAUUUAAAGAUCAUCUUUCCUUUGGGUACAAAUGAUGGAUUUUAAACAAAUAGAGGAUUAUUAAACCACUUGUUUGUCCAUGUACAACAGCGUCGCAGACAAGUGCUCAGACAGUAAAAAAAGAGAAAGUGUUCAUUUUCAAGUGACAGUCGUGGAACAGAAAACCUCAGAAUUUAUCGAUAACCGUUCAAGGUAAUAUGAAAUGUGUGAUGUGAUAGCACAAGCCUUUAAUCUGUAUAAUGAUCUAAAGGAUGUACCGGAUUACUAGGAUUUAUACGGAUAAUGUAAUAAAUACCAGUGUCAAAGUUUCGUUGUAUAGUCCCGCAAAACACCAUAGUUUAGUUAUCUCUUGGUAAACUUUGCCAAGAAAAUGUCGUAAGAACUCAGAAACCUUCCACAGGAAGAUUACUCAGACCAGUCCCUUACCAUGAUUACCACCCAGCCAAAGAGUUGCUUAAGACGAACCGAUACCUCCUUAACUCGGUACAGCGAUGAAAUAUUCUCAGUUUCCAUCACUACCAAAGAAAAUCAGCCAUCCUUCAGACGCAGUGAAAGUUCUUUUGCCGUUCUUAAAAGAAGUCAAAACUCUUGUUUGCGGUUUCCCAAAGUGGAAGCGACGGCUGUCAAUCGUGAUGACAAGCUUAAGCUUUCCAGACUUGGACAACGAACUAUGAGAGACCCCCACCGUGCGAUUUCGAUCGACGAAUCCCCAAUCAUGCUUCUUCCUAAAGCCCAUGUCCGAAACGAUUAUGACAUUCGCGCGAGUAAACGUGCCUUUAGUGUUGUUGCAGACGACGAGGCGUCUUCCUUACACUUAUCAACCGUUCCUUAUGACCGAGAGGAUGUCAAAUCAAGAUCCACAUCCAGGUCCUCCAUCAAAAGUCGGAAGAAUCAUCCAAGUGACGCAGACAGUGGUAUUGGGUCUUCCUUAAGGAGGUGCGUGACUUUUUCGGAACUCAGUCUCAGUCGAUCUUCUAUAGCGAGGUCACUAGAUGAACUCGAGAAAUCUUCUGAGUUAGGAGAUCUCAACAAUAAUAGUGUCAAGGAUAACGAUAUGUUGGAUUCUGUUUUUGGUCCUCUACCGGAAGCAGAGGAUGAUGGUGGUCAUCUGGACUCCUUCGCAGACAUUAUUCCCGAUCCGCCUAAAAUCAGAAAAAGGCAAGAAGGAAAGCAACAAAAUCAAGAGUGUACCUUGACGGAAACCGAUAUCCAAAGAUGCCACGAACAAGACUGUGAAAUAUGUAAGGGAUUUAUGUCAGAGAAGACGAGAAUUCAGAGAUACUUUGGAGGAGUUGACCAAUUCCUGCAAUGGCUAUACUCAAAAUGGGGAAAGAAGAGGAAAGAUUUGCUGACUUACUCCAGGGCAAAUUAUUUAAGUAGGAGCACCCGACCAAAGUUUUGUGACAUUGUGAGACAAAAGGAACUCCAUCAUCGAGAUGAAGAGGAUAAAUCGGAGAGUUCUGAGUACAAUUACUACAGGCAACAGGGGCACCUGCUCACUAGAUGGCGCAAGCACAGCAACGCCAGACCUAAAAAUUCCAGAAAAUCCAGCUUAGCCCAGGAAGAUCUAGUUAACGAAAUUGUGAAUGACAUAAGGGAGCCGGCAGGAAUAAAGGUCAGGCACGCCCUUGACCUUUGGCUGGGUAUAGGCACCUCUGUCAGAUUUAGACCCAGCUUUACCUAUGGCCUUUUCAGUCUUCUAAGAAAGGAAGCUAAAGCAUCAAAUCUUUCUACGUUUUGGAUGUUGCGUGCAUCGCCAGAGCCUUCCAUGGUGCCAGAACCGGAUAAGGAGGGACGAGGAGGCACGGAGGGCAGGCCGGGGUCACCCUCCUCCAUAGUGGAUGAUGCUGACAGUCGAGAUCUUCUGAAAGAAGAGGAAGCUAAGCCAGAGAUAGAUACAAAGCCCGAUAUCGUUUCCCCCGCAGUUGUAGAUAUCCCGGACAGUAAGUCGGACAGAUCUAACAGCUCCAUCACACAACCUCCACACCUCUCCGUUGAUAUCAGAGUUGUUAUCACUGGCAAACCAGUCACAAAAACUGACAUCUAUAAUGAAAAAAAGAAAACGGAACCUAUUACUGUCCCUGUUGACAAUGAUGGCCGCCAAUCACCUGUUCAACCACCACCAACUCCCGAACCUCUAACUCCAAAAGAUGAUCAAAACAAGGAUGCAGAUCUCCUGAAAUCUCUUCGCGAGGCUGAGGAGGAAGAAAGGCGAAGGAGAGGCAUCGUGAAAAAAGAGAAGAAGCCAAUCAACAGGACAAAGAAGAUGAAAGAGGAGAUGGAGGAUAAAGUGGAACCCCCUAAACCGACAGAGUCCCCCCCUCCAGCACCGUCAAUGGAGGACAUCAAAAAUAAAGACAUCAAGGUUGAUUUAGAGGUACCCACACUACCAAGUGUCGAAGAGAAGAAAAAAGAGAAGAAAGAGAAACGCAAAGCAGAGCGCCAUCUAGUGUCACAACCAAAGCAUGAAACUCCCCCUCCCAAAGACCCUGAGCCUCUCAAAUUAGCAACCCCUGUAGAGUUACCUGCAGAGGAGGAGUUGGUGCUGGAUGAUUUAGACGAUCAGCUGAAACAGAGACUGAAGAACUUUGACUUUGCCGUAAUGGAGAUGACAGGGGACGACUCACCUAGGAAAAAUGUCCAAAAGACUACCUGGGUGACGGGCAGAUUAGCUCUCUCUCAGCAGUCCAGUAGGUUCACAUUGCCAAUAGACAUGGCACGACUGGAACAAAUGUCCCCAUUAGAUUAUGUGAAAAAUUUCUGCGUCAUCAAAAGACGACGGAAAAAGCUGUAUCAGGAUAUCUACAUGAAACACAGAGAAAAAUCAGCUGGUGCAAUACCAUUCAAGGAUUUAGAAAAGGCCAUGACAAUGGUUUUAGUGAACACAAUCACAUCAGAUGACUACAAGCGAAUAGUGGAACUUCUGGACAUUACAGAGACCACAAAAGUGGACCAGGACGCCUUCUCAGCAAUGGCUGCCCUGGCAGAGAGGCUGAUGUGUUCAACACAUGUUUCCCAAGAACAAGUGGAUCAGCCAGACUACCAAAAGGAGAAGAUAGAAUGUGCGGAUUUUAGUGCUCUGAAGUGGAAGUUAACAGGAGUGGAAGUGAAUCCCAAAAUUGAACGGAUUCUCAAAGAACUUAACUGAACAGACUGGUCCCCACCUGCAGUAAAAACUGGUAGCUAGUAUUCACAAGUUCUGAAUCUUGGAAUGUUGUGACAUUUUCAAACCUGGGAAUUUCAGAGAGCAUGCAUGGAUUCUUGAAUAUUUGCCUUGUUCAUACCUGUGAUUGUAGACUUUUCAUGUCAAGGAGCAGGUCUCAGAGAUUCUUUUUAUAGUAAUUUAAUUGUAGAAGCUUAGGAGCAUUCUGUGAUUGUUAGUGGAUGGAAACAGAGCCUCAUAGAGACAUUUGAUUUAAUGCAAUACUGUAUUUAGAGACAAGAUCUGUAAUUAUUACAAUACUCAUCAUUAAAGUCAUAGCAAUAUAAGGUAAUGGUUUCUGCAAUCAGCAAUAUCUAUCUAUAGUAUAACUCUGUAUAAACUGUGAUAAGGAAAUUCAUGCAUAUAUUGCAGAGUUACAUGUUUAAAAUUUUAUUAUACAUUCCUAAUAAAAAAUACAGAAUAUAGUCUC